CCCCCCAUUUAUUUCGGUUUGGAUUUGGGUAUUUCGUUCGAAUCAAUCAUGAUAACUUCAAAAUUCAGUUUUAGCCAAAUCGAAACCAAAUUCAAAUUCAAAUUCAGCUAUCUUUUCGGUUUGAUAUUGCGGUUACCGACACGUUCGGAAUCUUGAUCGACGACGAUACCCUUUUUAUCGGGGGAUUUUGCUAGUUUCAAUGGAAUUGCAGUUACCAAGUUGUCGUGUUUCUGCAAUCGCUUCAAGGCUAUGGGCUAUCAAAAUGCUUUCGAGGUUGAAAUGGUUAAUCAUGAGGACGAUUCUGCAGUGAUCGUCAGUUCCCCCCAAAUUUGUGGCUCUCAAUUUCUCGAUCUUGCAAUCGAAGAAGCUAGAAAUAACAAGAAAACCUUGAUAUCAUCAAUGGAUUCCGUUAUCGGGUUUAUGAAAGAAGUGGAAUGUGAAGAGGAAGCUGCAGAACAAGCAAAAGAGGAAGCUGCUAAGUAUAGUUUACAUAUUCUUGCAAAGGUGGAUGAACUUAAACAAGCACAACAACUGGCAAAGGAAACAAAUGCCAUGCAUGCUAGAGAAGUGUAUGCACAAAAGGCUGUUUUAGCAACUGAAUUAGAAGAGCUUCAACUUCGAGUAUCGUGUUUGUUGGAUGAUGAAGAUAUCUCUCUUGCAGUUCUUGAUGAGAUGUGUAGAGCCUUGGAGAUGAGAUUGACUUCAGCUUUAAUUAAAAAGGAGUUAGCCGAUAACGAAAAGCUAGAAAACGAAAGGUUUGCUAGAGAAGCACUUGCCAAGGUCGAAGAGGUGGUAGAAGAGUCGAAGAGGCUGAAACAAGAAGCAGUGGAGAAUUCCAAGUUGCAGGAGUUCCUCAUAGAUCGUCGCCAUGUAGUCGAUAUGUUACACGGAGAGAUAUCUGAUAAAUAUCAUGUUUUAAGGAAGGAGCUCGACUUAUCGUUUUCCAGCCAAACGUCCAUCUUAUCUUCUUCAAGUUCUUUAAAAUUUUUGGGAACACCAUAUGAACCACGAUUUGAGAUUAUGGAAUCACUGAAUACCCCAGAUGAGAGCAUUGAGCGAGGCGAUUCCAAUGUUUCUCAUGAGAAUAGCUCAGAUUAUUUGCUUGUUGAUUCCACUGUUUUAUCAAAGAAUUCAUCUUCGAAUUUGGAGAAUCAGGAUCAGAAUGGAAGUGUGUGCAGGAAGUGCAGACAUUCUGUAAACCGAAUCAAGAAAAGAAUUAAAGUUAGCAAAGAGAAGGUGAUAUUAAACAUGUUUCGGAUAAAGAAUCUCAAGAACAAGGCAAUGAAGAAAUGGAUCGAGCUGAACAAGGAUGCUGUUACGGGUUUCUGUCAAGAUGAUUUUGCUACAGAUUAUAGAGCAGAUGAUUUUGAUGACGACAAGGAGGUAAUCAUUAGUUCUAUUUUCAUUUUUAUCCUAGUUAUUCUGAAUCUUGUUUACGCAUUUUGAAAUUGACAUUAUGAACAAUUAAAGAAUGGUAUUACUUGAACAUUUUGGUUGGAAAUUUGAUUAAUUUUAUUGGAUAUCAUAAGUUUUUGUGUAUGCAUAUCUUUUGUAUUCAUUAUGAAUAAAGCACCUUACACAACACUUGUUUCUCUAUAAAGAUUGCUACCAUCUAAAAUUUACAUCUUUCUAAAGCCAGCAGUUAAUCAUGCAAGCAAAUAAGAAACUUGGUACACUCCAUAUGAUAUAAAGCCGUGCAGUUUGUAUAUAUAUGCAUAUCUUUUGUAUUCAUUAUGAAUAAAGCACCUUACACAACACUUGUUUCUCUAUAAAAGUUGCUACCAUCUAAAAUUUACAUCUUUCUAAAGCCAACGGUUAAUCAUGCGAGCAAAUAAGAAA